UAAUUCGCUUCUGUUUUUUUGCUUCGGAGGUGGGGUUUCUAUGGCGGAUUUCACAUAGAAUUUGUCUGCUUCUCGGACUACAGCUAGCCUUUCCAUAGCUGUAAUAAAUCGUAAUACUACAUCUUCAUCACCUCAAAUGUGCAUGUAUAUAAACUCGUGUUUUGUUUGGUUAGGCGGAGGAGCAGAUUCAUGCAACACAAUCAUCAUGGUGCAGACUCCGUUCACAUGGCGCUACGGCGGUCAUCAAGUCUUUCUCUCUGGCUCUUUCAACGGGUGGAGUGAGAGGAUGCCGAUGUUUUUGGUGGAAGGUUCUGAAAAUAUUUUUCAGAGAAUCAUAGAUCUUCCGCCUGGUUGUUAUCAGUACAAAUUCUUGGUUGACGGCACAUGGCGUGCUGAUCAGCAGCAAAUCUGCGAUUUGGAUGAGUACGGAACUAUGAACAACAUAGUUCUAGUGAGGGGAACUGAGUUGACUUCUCCAGACCUUAAUGCUGAAGCGUUUCGGCCUUGUACCAGCAGGGAUUCAUCUUCAGCUGGUCCCCUCAACGAACCAGUUCUGCAACUGUCGGAUGGCGAGAUGGAUGUUUUUCGUCAAGUUCUAUCCAUGCAUUUGUUGUCAUCCUCGACAUAUGAGCUGAUCCCGAAUUCAGGCAAGGUUCUUGCAUUGGACAUUGAGGUCGACGUGGAACAAGCCUUCCACGUUAUGUAUGAUUCGGGUCUCGCGGUUAUGCCUCUGUGGGACGAAAACAGAGGACAGAUGGUGGGGAUGUUAACUGCUUCAGAUUUUAUUUUGAUUUUACUUCAGCUUCACAGAAAUCAUGCAAUGUUUGGCAAUGCAGAACUUGAAGUCCGGACAAUUGCUACCUGGAAAGACUGGAAACUUCAACAUCACAGAGAUAUAAUUCGGGCUAUGGUUCCAAUUCAGAGAAGGCCUUUAAUCCAUGCAGGUCCGGAUGAUGCCUUGGCAGACGUGGCUUCAAGGAUUCUGCAAAAUAACAUUUCUGCUGUUCCCAUUAUACAUUCAGUAGAUGGAUCUGCUCCUAGUUUGUUACAUAUUGCGUCCCUUGCUGGAAUAUUGAAAGAUGUGUGCAGGAAUUUUAAGAACCAUCUUGGAUAUCUGACUCUUUUACAGCAACCAGUAGGAUACCUUCCGCUAGGCACUUGGUCCAUAGAAGUUAGACGAGCGCUUGGUCGUCCAUUGUUGACAUUACAUCCCAACGAUCCCCUUAGUUCUGCUCUUACUUUAUUACUUGAAGCUCAAAUAAGUUCAAUACCCAUAGUCGACCACAGUGGUAACUUCAUCAAUAUAUACUCUAGAAGUGAUAUUACCUCAUUGGCAAAGGACAACAUAUAUACUCGCAUUCAACUUAAUCAGAUGACAGUAUCUCAAGCACUGGAACUCACUGCUGAAAGAGGCCGAAGCCGAUACAAGACAUGCACCAGGUUUGAUUCGUUGUAUCGGGUGAUGGAACUUCUCUCUGAACCAGACAUGCGCCGUGUAAUUGUUGUUGAGGCCUCUAGCCGGCAUGUUGAAGGCAUAAUCACUUUGAGGGAUGUGUUUGAUUUCUUUUCUAGGACACUGAUCACAAAGAACAAGGGUAAAGGAGUGAUGUACUUGUAAUCUUUGCUUUAAUUGACUUAGGACGUAUCGACUUGCGAUCUCUAUUGGUUGGAUCCAUGUGGAGUUAAGCACUGUGAUUGUACUGCACUUGAUAAUGAUUAAUCAAGCAAUUUGUCAAUUUUGCCUCAUUACACUUGAGCUU